UCAAACUCCACUCUCAGCCAUCAACCUCCUCUGUGCCAGGACGUCCUGCUUCUUCCUCUGAUUGAUCAGCACACUUCUGUCAACAAUGGAGCCCCUGAAUAAACGCCAAAGCUCUCAAAAUUUCGUUUUUUCUUCAUCAACAGGAAUCCUUCCUGGACCUCUACACAUGAACAAGUACUACGCACAUAGCGUCACCGGAGGAGCAGGCGGCCAUGGAACUAGGAUCUCCACCACCUCAAGAGUUGGCAGCGGCUUCGGCGGUGGGUAUGACUACCAGUCCUCUAUGUCCACCUCUGGGGCCCUGGCCAUCGGGAAUGAGAAGAUUGCCAUGCAGCACCUCAACGAUCGCCUGGCCAGCUACCUGGAGACGGUGAGGAAUCUGGAGAAGGCCAACCGCCAGCUGGAGAUCAAGAUCAGAGAGGCCAUCGAGACGAGAGGCCCCCUAGAGGGGAGAGACUACGGCAAAUUCUACGCCAUCAUCACCGAGCUGAGGGGCAAGAUUUUUGACAUGAUCAAGGGCAACGCCCAUCUUGCCAUCUCUCUUGACAAUGCACGCCUGGCUUCAGACGACUUCAGAGUCAAGCUGGAGUAUGAGCUGUCCAUGCGGCAGACUGUGGAGGCUGAUGUUGCCAGACUGAGGAAGCUUCUCGAUGACACUAACAUAAUGCGUCUGCACCUGGAGGGCGACAUCGAGUCUCUGAGGGAAGAGUUGAUCAACCUGAAGAAGAACCAUGAGACAGAUGUUGCAGAAUUGCGUGCCCAGAUCGCUCAGGUUGGCGUCCAUGUGGAUGUCGAUGCUCCUAAAGGUCAGGACCUGGCCAAGAUUAUGGCGGAGAUGAGAGCUAAGUAUGAGAGGAUAGCACAGAAGAACCAGGAGGAGCUCAAAGCAUGGCACGACUCUCAGAUUACAGAGGUGCAGGUCCAAGUGACAGAGAGCUCGACAGCUUUGAAGGACGCCACAAGUCUAAUGACCGAAACUAGGAGGCGGUAUCAGGGCCUGGAGAUUGAACUGCAGUCUGCACUUAGUCUGAAAGCGUCCCUGGAGGCCACCCUGCGUGACAUCGAGAUGCGCCACAGCAUGGAGGUGGAGAAGUAUAACGCAAUCAUCGUGAGGCUGCAGGAGGAGCUGACUCAGAUCCGCACCAACAUCCAGCAAAACUCAAGAGAAUAUGAACACCUGCUCAACAUCAAGGUGAAACUGGAGGCUGAGAUCACUCAGUACAGGAGGCUGCUGGAUGGUGACUUAAAACUGGAGGAUGCAGUUGAUCCGAAGACAGUACAGACCAAAGUGGUGACCGUCACUCAGACUUUGGUGGAUGGCAAAAUAGUGUCAGAGAGCAAGGAUGUCAAAUCCAGUGAAAAGCUUGCUAUGUAACUAUAUUUCCAUGAAUCUCUGUCUGUGUGUCUCUGUAUGUAUUAUUUGUACAUUUUAACAACCAUACAUCCCAUCUACAACAAAUUUGCUUUGCAGGUGACCUAAGGAAUGUGAAAUGUUGAGUAUGAAGAAAUGAGUUUUGGCCAGUUUACACUGUCACAUUCUGCUAGGACACGUACAGAGAUUGGAGGAACUAGUUAUUGUAAAACUGAAAAUAAAAUAAAGAAAUAAAAAGAACCAUAAAAAAUGUA